CCUCCCCCACCCCCAUGGACACCGACGUAAAAGCACCCAUCCUCUCUCACCUGAUGACCUCCCGCCGCCUGCAUGGUCGCAAGAGGUCUCCGAGCGCCGGCACGCACAGAAGAAACGGCGCUUUGUCAAAUUCGCCGUCCUCUCCGUCAUGCUUAUCUGGUUGGGCGUACAUUCGCGCCAUCACCUGAAGCAUGGCGCGCAGAAGGUGUUCUCCGCGCUGUCGACCGACGAGCACAAGAUGGCAGCGAGUUCCUGGCCGAUACCCGACGAGUACAGCGCGGACUGCGUGAAGUGGUCGAACGUCGAGAAGGUCCUGGACAUCGAGGCAGACCACAGGUUCCCCUAUUCCGCCGAGGCGAACAUCGAAAUCCCCAUCACCGCGGAUUCCUCUUCGUUGUCUCCCACGCCGUCCGCCACCACACCGUCCUCGCUGGGGGACGUGUGCAGUUCGUACAGUCGGAGGAGGUCGGCGACAAGCUCCAGAUCGGCGUCACUGCGCAUGUGCACCGUGAAAAAGAUCUGAAGCAUGUCAAGACAUGUCUGCUGGAAGGCGAAGCUGGGGCCAGGGGUGCUGGACUCUUUACCAACUGGGUUUCCAAGUCGCACCACAGGCACCGCCGGCAGCCCCGAUUCCGCCUUGACGUCGUUGUAGCUUUCCCUGCCACGGACAAGGAUUCCUCUCUUGCUGUCAAGGAGUUCUGGACCAACAUGACCGCCUUUUCGCAGGAGUUCUAUGAUCUGAGCGGAGUCGCUUUUGACUCACUGAACGUUCGAAACUUCCUGGGCCCAAUCUCUGCUGAAAACCUCAAAGCAAAGGCCGCCAACAUCGAGACCGAUUUCGGACCCAUCCGCAUUGGAUCGUUGAAUGUCACUGCAGCGAACGUCACCACAACCAUGGGUCCCAUUUCUGGCUCCUUCUUUGCUUCCGACUCUCUUUCCUUGAAGACCUCCAAUGGUCCAAUUCUUGCCCACAUCGAGCUUUCCGACACGGACGCGAAGAAGGGACCUGCUCAGCUCCAGCUCCACACCUCGAACGGCAUCAUCGACUCUUCCGUCGACCUUUCCACGACGAAGGACGAGUCGGCAUUCGACCUGAUCGCCAAAACGUCGAACGGCCGCCUCGCGCUCGCCGUCCCCUCCGCGCCCAUCGACAGCACCAUCACGCUCGACGCGCGGACCGCGUUCGGCUCGGCGCACGUGAAACUCCCCGCGACGUUCGAGGGCGCGUUCAGCGCGAGCACCAGCAUCGGCGCGGCGUCGCUCAAGGCCGACGAGAACGCCCCGGAUCCCAGCGGACAAGGCCGCGCGCGCAAGGUCGUGGUCGAUGCGGCGGGCGCACGAACGUCCAGGGCAGCGUCGGCUGGAGCGAGGAGGGCCUGGCCAGGGGCAAUGCCCAUGUCGAGACGAGCAUCGCCAGUGUUGUUUUGGAGCUCUAAAUCAUUGUAACUGUAAUAAUCGUUGCGUCGAAAUUCAUCCACGUCGAACGCGUUGAGAUGUGUUGAGCAGGUGGAAAUGAGCUGAACAGAUUGGAACAGGUUCUAAGAUGUUGACGCCAGCAGUUUCAAACUAUGAUCUGAAUAUGAUAUGUUUAUAGAGAGCAUAUCUUCGCAGCAGACGCGGAAGGUUGAACGCACAUGAAACUGAGGAUCGUGGAUGAUGAUUAUGGAAUUGAUGAUAUCAGAUGUAGUGUUCGAAGAUGAUCACUUCAAGUGCUGAUGACAGUCAGGCCCCUCACAUCCCCCAUGGCCCACCACGACGUCGUCUAAUGUUUGAUACUUGAUCUCAUACUGUGGCCUGAUAACUUAUCAGCCACGCAUCCGAACCCCAAUCUGCAUCCCCCUCUGUCCUUGAUCCGUCUACGCAUGUCUCACAGCGCGACGCAGAGCAAGGCCGUCCUGGUCAUGCUCGCGACCGGCAAGCAGGGCGCCGCCGCCGUCCACGGUCCGCCCACCCCAGAGGCAUGGCGUCGCGCACUUCGUCUGUGACUCGAGCGUCAACUUUGCGGUGUGCCCGGCGACAGGACUGACGUGCCCCAGUGUGUUGAACCCCCCCCCCUUUUCUUCGUCUUCGCCGUUCCUCGCACGGUUUGCGUGCUGCUGACCGGCACUGCACCAGCUUCGAGUCCAAGCCCCUUGCGGAGGCGUGCCUGAGGCGCACGCACCCCGGGCUGCCGCGCACGAUCCUGCGCCCGACGACGUUCAUGGACCAGCUGACGCUCGGCGCCCCCGACGCGCUCCUCGCGCGUGUGCUGCUCCUCACGCAGCUCAAGCCGGGCAGGCGCCUGCAGAUGAUCGCGUGCGCGGAUAUCGGGGAGAUUGCGGCGAUCGUCAUCCAGGAUCCCGAGACGUACAUCGGGAGGGACUUCGAUAUGGCGGGGGACGAGGUCAGUGCGGAGGAACUGGCGGCGGGGUGGAGGGACUUGUUUGGGACGGAGAUGCGGCCCAGGACGUUCGCGGGCGGGGCGAUCGGCUGGGCUUUGCGAGUGGGACUUGCGGAACUGAAAGCGAUGUUCAAGUUUUUUAAUGAGACUGGGUUCAACGUUGACAUUCCUGCGUUACGAGCGACGCAUCCCGGUCUCAAGACUUGGAAGACGUUCCUCUCGUCGAUCAAAUCUCCGUAACGCACAGAAAAUCUCCUAUCGUUGUUGUGUUGUCUUAGAUCAGAACAUGGUUUCUUCAGAACGUCGACUGCCGCCGGAGCUCGAGCGCAGGAUAUUCGAGCUCAGUGCCCUGGAACACCCGGACACGAUCCCGGCGCUCAUGAUCGUUGCCUGGCGUGUGCUGAUAUGGAUCGAACCCUUUCGCUACCUGACGCUGGUUGCGACCCCGAGAUCGCGGUCGCUGGCCCAGUUCAUGCGCUAUGCCCAGGCCUCGCCCGGCGCCACUCUGCGCGUGCGCAACCUGUUCGUUCCGGCCUCGCCCCGGCCGCCCCGCCACGUCUCAUUCGUCCUUGGCGCCAGUCUCAGCCUCACGAAUCUCGUGCUCAUGAGCGGCAGCCCGGCGCUGCUGCCGGGCCUGCGCAAGCAGCUGCACCUGCGGCGGUUCUGCGUGAACCUGUCGCGGCUGUUCGACAACGGGCAGAUCCUCCGGAACUUGAGACACGCAGCGGUGUUCAAGCGGAUCACGCACCUGUCUGUCCUGGACCGGAUCCACCGCGAGCCCGAGAGCGAGCUCCUGUGCGGCAUCGGGGCGCUUCCCGCGCUGACGCACCUGUGUCUGCACUCCUUCGUGCACCGCGCGCAGCUGCUGUGCGUCCUCGCGGGGUGCACCCAGC